AUGAUUUGGUUCGUGCUCCUACUCUCCAUCCUGGAUGGAGCUGUCUCUCAGCUACAUUAUUCCGUUCCCGAGGAACAGGAGCCCGGCUCUGUCGUUGGGAAUAUCGCAGAGGAUUUGGGACUGGACAUUACCAAACUCUCCGCCCGCCGCUUCCAGACGGUGCCAAACUCGCGGACGCCCUAUCUAGAGGUAAACCUGGAGAACGGCGCGCUCCUGGUGAAGGAAAAAAUCGACCGGGAGGAGAUCUGUAAGCAGACCACCCCGUGCCUCUUGCACCUGGAGGUGUUUCUGGAGAACCCGCUGGAGCUGUUUCGGGUGGAGAUCGAAGUGAUGGACAUCAACGACAACCCGCCAAGUUUUCCCGAGUCGGACAUUUCCGUGGAGAUAUCGGAGAGCGCCAUUCCCGGCACGCGGUUCCCCAUCGAGAACGCGUUCGACCCGGACGUGGGCACGAAUGCGCUCAGCACCUACGCCAUCACGAACAACAACUACUUCUACCUGGACGUGCAGACCCAAAGCGACGGGAACAAGUUCGCCGAGCUGGUGCUGGAGAAGCCGCUGGAUCGGGAGCAGCAGGCGAUGCACCGCUACGUGCUGACGGCGGUGGACGGGGGCGUCCCGCAGCGGACCGGCACGGCUCUCCUCGUCGUUAAAGUUUUGGACUCCAACGACAACGCGCCCACCUUCGACCAGUCCGUGUACAGCGUCAACCUGCGGGAAAACUCUCCCGUUGGCACGCUGGUCAUCCAACUCAACGCCACAGAUGUGGACGAGGGACAAAACGGAGAGAUAGUGUAUUCUUUCAGCAGCCACAACGCCCCGCGGAUAAAGGACUUGUUCAAUAUUGACGCGAGGACGGGCAGGAUAGAGGUGGCCGGCGAGGUGGACUACGAAGAGAGCAGUACGCAUCAGAUUUACGUGCAGGCGAAGGACCUGGGGGCCAAUGCCGUGCCUGCGCAUUGCAAAGUGCUGGUCAAGCUGGUGGACGUGAACGACAACACACCGGAGAUCGGUUUCAGCACCGUCACCGAGUCCGUGAGCGAGCAGGACGCCCCGGGCACCGUCAUAGCCCUGUUCAGCGUCUCCGACCGGGACUCCGGCGACAACGGGCAGAUGAGCUGCGAGAUACUGGGAGAAGUGCCCUUCAAACUCAAGUCGUCGUUCAAAAACUACUACACGAUAGUGACGGACGGCCCGCUGGACCGAGAGAGCACGGACUCGUACACCAUCACUGUGGUGGCCAAAGAUAAAGGGCAGCCCUCGCUCGCCACCAGCAAAUCCAUUAAAGUGCACGUCUCGGAUGAGAACGACAACGCUCCGCGUUUUAACCAGGCUGUGUAUGAUGUGUACGUGACCGAGAACAACGUGCCCGGUGCGUUCAUUCACGCGGUGAGCGCCCUGGACCCUGACAUAGGGCAGAACGCCCUCAUUACCUAUUCCAUAUUGGAGUGCGAUAUCCAGGGAAUGUCAGUGGACACCUACGUGUCCAUCAACCAAGACACCGGCUACCUUUACGCGCUGCGCUCCUUUGACUAUGAACAGCUGAAGGAAUUCAGCUUCAUGGUCCAGGCGAAGGACUCGGGCACGGCCGAGCUCUUCUCCAACGCCACCGUGAACGUUAUCAUCGUAGAUCAAAAUGACAACCCCCCCACCGUGAUCGCCCCCAUUGGUAAGAACGGCACGGCCAAGGAGCACCUGCCGCGCUCCGCCGAGCCCGGCUACCUGGUGACGCGGAUCAUGGCUAUGGACGCUGACGACGGCGAGAACGCGCGGCUGUCCUACAGCAUCCUGCGGGGCAACGAGAUGGCGAUGUUCCGCAUGGACUGGAGGACAGGAGAGUUGAGGACUGCCCGGAGGGUGUCCCCGAAACGGGACCCCCAGGGCUACUUCGACCUACUGAUCGAGGUAAGGGACCACGGCCAGCCUCCUCUGUCCUCCUCAGCCAGCGUCAGCGUUCUUCUGGUGGACAGCGUGGUGGAGGGCCGCAGCGGCGACCGCGGUUCAGCCUCCAAGUCGAAGGAGACCUCGUUAGAUCUCACCCUCAUUCUCAUCAUAGCCCUGGGCUCCGUCUCCUUCAUCUUCCUCCUGGCUAUGAUCGUGCUCGCCGUGCGGUGCCAGAAGGACAAGAAGCUGAACAUGUACACCUGCCUGCUGGCCGGUGACUGCUGCCUGUGUUGCGGGGCGUGCUGCAGCCGCCAGGCGCGCGGCCGGAAGCAGAAGAAGCUGAGCAAGUCGGACAUCAUGCUGGUCCAGAGCGCGAACGUGACGUCAGGGGUCGGGCCCGUGGGGCAGGUGCCGGUGGAGGAGUCUGGGGUCGGCGGAGUGGGGGGGGGCGGGGUUCGGCUCCACCACCACCAGAACCAGAACUCCUACUGCUACCAGGUGUGUCUGACUCCGGAAUCCGCCAAGACGGACCUGAUGUUCCUGAAGCCGUGCAGCCCGUCCCGCAGCAACGACACGGAGCACACCAAUCCCUGCGGCGCCAUAGUCACCGGUUACAGCGACCAGCAACCGGACAUCAUAUCCAAUGGCAGUAUCCUCUCCAAUGAGACGAAACACCAGCGAACAGAGCUCAGCUAUCUGGUAGACAGACCCAGACGUGUCAACAGCUCGGCGUUUCAGGAGGCGGACAUCGUCAGCUCCAAAGACAGCGGCCACGGUGACAGCGAGCAGGGCGACAGCGACCAUGACGCCACGAACCGAGGCCACUCAGCUGCGGUGUCCCUCAGCCCCUCCUCCCGCCUCCGGGCCCUAUUCAUCAGCCACAGCGCUGCACUCGGACCCGCAAAAGGAUUUGCUAGCUCUUUCCGCGUGGACCUGUCGGAGACGGCGUGA